AUGGACAGCAAAACCUUUUAUGGGAAGAAGGGAAACGAUCAGGCUGUUAGGGCUAUUCCAUCUGACAGUGAGGACAGUGAGCUUGAUGGGAGUGAGAGUGAGGACAGUGAAGGUCAAGAUAGUCAGGAAGAGUGGAUCCCUGAAUCAGGAGAAGGCAUGUCUAUUGAAAAUGACACUGAGUCUGUCAAUGAAGAGGAAGAUGAAGAUGUAGCCGAAGUUGCUAAUCCAGGCCCACCUCGGUGGAAAACAGUCCACAAUCCAUCCUGCAAUCCUUACCCAGAAUGGCAGGGUGUAUCGAGAAGUGAUGAAAUCCUCUCCCUCCUCCAGUAUUUCCAGCAGUUUUUUUCUGAAGACAUUCUAGAAAGCAUUGUUCAGCAGUCCAAUUUAUAUGCAAUGCAAAAUAACCCAAACAAGCCCCUAAACCUCACAACAAAAGAGUUAGAGCAGUUCCUGGGAACUGUUGUGUACAUGUCACUGUUUGGUUUACCAAGGACCCGCAUGUUUUGGAACAAAGCCUGCAGAGUGUCCCAAGUAGCUGACACCAUGACCCUGAAUAGAUGGGAGGCCAUUAAAAAAUACCUUCACUUCAGCAACAAUGAAGACAGGCAGGAGGAAGGUAAUGAUCCAUUACACAAGAUCCGACCGCUUGUCACUCACCUAAUCUCCAAACUGAAGUCGAUCCCAAUGCGUGAGAAGCUGGCAGUUGAUGAACAGAUGGUCCCAUUCAAGGGAAGAAGUAGACUGAAGCAAUACCUGCCAUCAAAGCCCAAAAAAUGGGGCUACAAAAUACUCGUCUUGGCUGGCUCUGAUGGUGUCCCGCACAACUUCGAAAUGUACACAGGGAGAGCGGUACAUCCCCCUGAGCUAGCAGAUAUUGGAGCAAGUGGCAAUGUUGUCCUCCGCCUGGCUCAGCCUAUACCCAAGCAAGAGAACUACAAACUCUUCUUCGACAACUGGUUCACAAGUGUCCCCCUUGUGCUCACACUGGCUCAGCAGGGGAUUCACACUAUUGGUACUGUUCGUUGCAACAGACUACCCGGCGUCAACUUAAAGUGCGAUGCUGAGCUAAAGAAAAAAGGACGUGGAUCGUUUGAAGAGAAGAUGGCCAUUGUUGGAGAAACCACAUUGCAUGUUGUGAAGUGGUAUGAUAACCGUACAGUUAGCCUUCUGAGUGAUUACGCUGGAGCGUACCCUGUCAAUGAAGUUGAGAGAUGGGAUCGCAAGCAAAAGCUCAUCAUGAAUGUCCCCCGCCCUGCUGUUGUAAAGGAAUACAACAAGAAUAUGGGUGGGGUCGAUCUGCUUGACUCACUGAUUGCACUGUACCGGAUCAAAAUCAGAUCAAAGAAGUGGUAUCACCGGCUGGUGUUUCACUUCAUGGACAUGAUUAUCGUGACGGCCUGGCUGCUCUACAGAAGAGAUUGUGAAGGCACAGGCAUGACCAGGAAGGAAGAAAUGAGGCUGUAUACCUUCAAAUCAUACAUUGCUGAAGGUCUGCAAAAGAGUGGAAAGAGUCUGGAACGCAAGAGAGGUCGUCCCAGUCUCACAAUUGCUGGUGAGUAUGAGGAGAAGAGAAGAAAAGGACCAGACACUCCGAUUCCGAUCCCUGCUGUUCGCCUGGAUGCCACAGCACACUGGAUGGUAAUGGAUGAAAAGAAGGGGAGAUGCAAGGUACCAGGGUGCACAGGCACACCCAAAGCCAAGUGCCGGAAAUGUGAUGUGCACCUCUGCUUCACAUCCACAAGCAACUGCUUCCUGAGGUUUCACACAACUCUCAGGGUUUUGGAUAUUCCGUCUAAGUGA